AUGUUGACGUCUGCCGCCUGUUUGUGCGUCCGAAACGGGGGGAGAAUAUCGGCCCCCGUCGCCAGGUUGUCCCUCGGCCCGGCGGCGAACGCACCCAGGUGUCUGAGUCUGACGUGGGCCCGGAACGUGUCUCAGCGGCAGCGGUCACCCGGGCUCCGCACGCCGACUCCCCGGUGCCUGUCGCGGGGAGCGACCCUCCGGUCCGUGUCCCUGUCGGCCGCCUUGCCGCGCCACGUGGACCCCCGUGCGGCGGCUCCCCGGGUCCCCGAGGAGGGAGACAGGGAGAGAUUCGGCUCCCUCUCCGGCGACAUCUCCUCCAGGAGGUCGUUCAGGAAGAGCGGCCCCGACCUCCGGGACCUGCGGCACAGGGAGGACGAGGAGGAGGGUGAGGAGGUGGUGGCCGAGGAGGGGGAGGAGGCUCUCAUGAGGAGGCCCGGGAGGAGGAACACGCCGUACUGGUACCACCUGCAGUGCAGGAAGUUGAUCAAAGACAACAAGCUGCAGGAGGCUCUGGAUCUGUUCAGCAGGGACAUGCUGCGGGUGGAGAGGCUGCAGCCGGAGGAGUACAACUACACGGUGCUGAUAGGAGGCUGCGGUCGAGCUGGACGACUGAAACAGGCCUUCAGACUCUACAACGAUAUGAAGAAGCGAGGUCUCGAUGGCGUAGACGCGACCUACACCGCACUGUUCAACGCAUGCGCCGAGUCGCCUUUGAAACAGGCCGGUCUUCAGCAAGCGUUGGUCUUGGAGCAAGAACUCCUACGCAAAAACAUCCCCCUCAGCACCAUCACGUACCAAGCUCUCCUCAAGACGCACGCCUUCACCAACAACCUCCAGGCCUGUAUUCACACGCUCAGGGAGAUGCUGGAGAAGGGACAUGUUUUGACCCAGAAGACAUUUCACUACCUGCUGAUGGGCUGCUUGAAGGACAAAGACAACGGCUUCAGACUGGCUCUACAGGUUUGGCGCCAGAUGUUGAAGUCAGGGAUUCGUCCAGACUCCAAGAACUACAACCUGCUCUUGAGAACUGCAAGGGAUUGUGGGAUUGGGGAUCCUGCCCUGGCCUCCAGUGUUCUGCUCAGUCCGGAGUGGGGGAGCCGGAAAGUGACGGGCCGUGUGUCAAAUGUCAAGUCAGAGUCCGGAAGCAAGGCUGUUACAGACAUUGAGCUUUUGGAGAAGCAGUUGUUUAUCGAACCUGAUUCACACAGAGACAGGGAGGAGUCCAAUAGCAGGCAAGAGUCCACCCAGCUGAUCCCGGUGACACAAAUGGAAAAUGCGUCGCUGCCAGUUGACUUUGUGAAUUCCCCCGCUCCUAACCUGCUGGAUGUUUUUGAGGGGAGGAAGGGCGACGUGGUCUCCCUCGGCACUGUGGACAAAGCAUCCGAUAGGCUCGCCCUGAUCGGAGGAGCUGAAGGUUUUCUGGAGAAGUUGGCCGCUAAAGGACUCAGUCCGGACCUCAAAACUCUGACGCUGUUGGCCGACAUGAUGGAGUCGAGCUACGAGUCUCUGCAGAUGCUGCUUAGGGCGGCCAAGCAGCAUCAAGUGAAGCUCGACGUCGGCUUUUUUAACUCUGCGAUUCGCAGAUCAGCCAGAGCUGGUGACUUGGAGGCGGCAAAGGGUGUAUUGACUGUGAUGCGACAGCGCAAUGUAAGCGUGGAUGUGAAGACAUUCGGAAGCCUCGCGUUAGGCUGUGAGCGACAGAGCGACUGUCUGCAGCUGCUAAAGGACAUGGAGGAGGCAGGACUCCGGCCUAACGUCCACGUGUUCUCUGCUUUGAUUGGCCAAGCGACUCGGCGGCUGGAUUACGUGUACCUUAAAACAAUCCUCAAAAGUAUGAGCAGCUUGAGAGUGUGGCCUAACAAGAUCAUCAUCCAACAGCUGGAGUUUGCUUCACAGUAUCCUCCAAACUACAACCAGGUGAGUGUACGAACUGGACAUGACGGCACACGGUACAAGUCCAGGAACAACUACCUGGUCCAGAUUGAUGGUUUUCGUGGUUUCUACCAGCAGUGGCUGAGAUUCAUGCCUGCUCAGGAUGACGAGGGUGAACAGGUAGAACUGCAAACUGAAACGGACGCUGCAGAGGACCUGAAAACGGACGUUUCAGAUGAACUGACGCAGGCACAGAGGAACCAGAGAGCAGCAGCCAGGAGAUUUGGUUCUCACAAAAAGGACAAGACCAGCAUCACUGCUCCGUAACGGCACUACAUGUUUCUGAAUUCUCUCCUUGGUCUUCUGGUUGUCUAAGACUGAGUGUACCCUCAUGUACGUUCCAUCAGUUAACUUUGUGCGAUUUCUUUUUACACAAAAAAAUCAAAGAUAUUGUUAUUUAUGUGGCAAUAAAAGUCCAUUUCAAGUUUCAAUCCAGGAUUCUUGAAAAUGUAAACCUCA